UGUGGCGGCAAGCUCGAGAAGUUUGUGAGGUUGUGUCAGAACCCCAGACUACAGCUGAAGAACAGUCCUCCGUACAUCCUGGAUAUUUUACCUGACACUUACCAGCACCUGAGGCUGAUUCUGUGCAAAUACGAAGAGAACCAGAGACUUACUCAGCUAAGCGAGAAUGACUAUUUCAAAGUGUACAUCGACAGCCUGAUUAAAAAAUCCAAAAGAGCAAUCCGCCUCUUUAAGGAAGCCAAGGAGAGAAUGUAUGAAGAACAGUCACAAGACAGGCGGAACCUCACCAAGCUCUCGCUGAUCUUCAGUCACAUGUUGGCCGAGAUCAAAGCCAUCUUUCCAGGUGGACAGUUCCAAGGAGACACAUUCCGCAUUACUAAGGCAGACGCCGCCGAUUUUUGGAGAAGGUCUUUUGGUGAAAAGACAGUAGUGCCAUGGAAAAUGUUCCGGCAGUGCCUUCAUGACGUGCACCCCAUCAGCUCCGGGUUGGAGGCCAUGGCUCUGAAAUCCACCAUCGACCUCACCUGCAAUGACUACAUCUCCGUCUUUGAGUUUGACAUCUUUACUCGUCUUUUCCAGCCGUGGGGCUCAAUCCUGAGGAACUGGAACUUCCUGGCUGUCACGCACCCGGGCUACAUGGCCUUUCUGACGUACGAUGAAGUGAAGGCACGUCUGCAGAAGUACAUCAACAAACCUGGCAGCUACAUCUUCAGGCUGAGCUGUACGCGGUUAGGACAGUGGGCCAUCGGCUAUGUCACCAGUGACGGCAACAUCCUGCAGACCAUCCCACAUAACAAGCCGCUGUUCCAGGCGCUCAUCGAUGGAUGCAGAGAAGGCUUUUACCUGUUUCCAGAUGGGCGCAGUUAUAACCCAGAUCUCACAGGCCUAUGUGAACCCACCCCACAAGACCACAUUAAGGUCACACAGGAGCAGUAUGAGUUGUACUGUGAGAUGGGCUCCACGUUUCAGCUGUGUAAGAUCUGUGCCGAAAACGAUAAAGAUGUAAAGAUAGAGCCAUGUGGUCACCUUAUGUGCACUUCCUGUUUGACAUCAUGGCAGGAUUCUGAUGGUCAGGGUUGCCCGUUCUGUCGCUGUGAGAUCAAAGGCACAGAGCCCAUCAUUGUUGAUCCGUUUGACCCACGCAACGAAGGGGCCAAGUGCUUCCUCCUGGACCACUUCAGCUCCCCAAUGCUGGACCUGGAUGAUGACGAUGACCGAGAGGAAUCGCUGGUUAUAGACCAUAUCAGGAAGUCCAUGGAGAUCCAGAACUCGCCAAUAAUGUCUCCGAACUCAUCCCCUGUGUGUGAACGCCGGAAAACCGCUGCAGAUCACAUGGGCCCACACUUGAACAUUCCACCCGUACCACCCCGCCUCGAUCUCAUACGUUCUCCCGCUCCUAGUCCCACAGGCUCACCCAAGUCAUCUCCAGGCAUGUCCAGAAAACAGGACAAACCCCUUCCUGCCCCUCCACCUCCACAGAGAGACCCCCCUCCCCCACCUCCGCCAGAACGCCCACCUCAUAUCCCUCAAGAGGGCCGGGCCGCCUGGCUGGUCACCCCAUCGUCUGGCCUUCCCAGAGACCCCAGAGCACCCCUGGAGGCCUGGAGCCCUAAAGACAGCACUGCCUUGUCAGACUGCAGGACGUCUGCUGCAGACCGCUCCCCCAAACUCGCCCACGCCGCCCCUGCGCACAUCAAUGGGAGACCCCUCAGCUGCUCCGGUGCAGACUUGGGGUUAAACCGGACCAGCCACAGACUGAACGCGCAGUCAGAGUGUAGUAAGUCUUUCAUCAACGGCCUGUUACCUGGUGAUGAGUAUGAUAUCCCCCCUCUGCGUCACUCCCCUCCCCUUGUGGACCACAACCAGAGACACACCAACCCCUUCACAAGCCACCGAAGUCUGACGGACAGAGUGGAGGACGAGUAUCAGAUUCCCUCAUCACAUCCCGUCUGCAUCACACAGCCGGCCGUCUGCAUCCCCUUCCGCAUCCCCAACAGGGCUUUAGAAAACGGCUCGUCGGAUCUCUCAACAGACAUAAAGAAACAUAAACCUCCAGAGCAUGGUGGGUUUGACUCUGGUUCGUUGAUUUUGGGUUUGGCUCACACCACACAGUGCCCCCUCCACAACAGGACACCCUCAGACUAUGACAUUCUACUGCCCCCUCAAGGUAGCCAAUGGCGCAGCGCCUCAAUCUGA